CGAAAGGUUCUAAAGAGUAAAAAACGCCCAUAGACAAUGGCUACCCUCUCAAUAUUACAUUUUUCAUUGCAGAAGAUCCUCAUCACCGUCAACACAAUCUUCCUCCUAUCUUCUUCUUUGCCUUCUGCUUCUGCCAUAACUCCUUUUAAGAAGAUCUAUGCCUUUGGUGACUCUUUCACUGACACUGGCAACACGGGUUCCCUCACCGGUCCCACAGGCUUUGUUCAUGUUUCCAACCCUCCCUAUGGCACCACCUUCUUUCAUCACCCUACGAACCGUUACUCUGAUGGACGGCUAGUGAUUGACUUCGUGGCUCAAUCAUUGUCUUUGCCUUUCUUGCCGCCCUACCGUAAGAGCAAAGGCAACACGACUUAUGGGGUGAACUUUGCCGUGGCUGGCUCAACAGCAAUAAAUCAUGCUUUCUUUGCCAAGAACAACCUUUCUCUUGAUAUCACUCCUGAAUCAAUCCAAACUCAACUGAUUUGGUUUGACAAGUACUUGGAGAGUCAAGGUUGUAAAGGGCCAGAGUCAGGCCCUGAGUGCAAAGAAGGAUUGGAUGAUGCUUUAUUUUGGAUUGGUGAAAUUGGUGUCAACGACUAUGCCUAUACUCUUGGAUCAACUGUAUCAGAUGACACUAUCCGGAAACUUGCUAUCUAUAGUCUUACCGAGUUUUUACAGUCAUUGCUGAAGAAGGGUGCAAAAUAUGUUGUUGUCCAAGCUCUGCCUACAACAGGAUGCCUACCACUGGCCAUGACACUGGCUCCUUCGGAUGACAGAGACGAUAUAGGCUGUGUGAAGAGCGUGAACAACCAAAGCUACACCCACAAUCUAGUCCUCCAAGCUAAGUUAUCCGAUCUCAGGCAGCAGUUUCCCCAAGCUGUCAUUGCUUAUGCUGAUUAUUGGAAUGCCUAUCGCACGGUCAUGAAGAAUCCAGAGAAGUAUGGAUUCAAAGAGAGCUUCAAGGCAUGCUGUGGAACAGGUGAUCCCUACAACUUUGAUGUGUUUAAUACAUGCGGCACGCCAUCUGUCACUGCUUGCUCAAACCCCUCUGAACACAUCAACUGGGAUGGAGUGCACCUCACUGAAGCUAUGUAUAAGGUGGUUGCUGACAUGUUCCUCAAUGGAAAUCUCAGUAAUCCUCCAUUCAAAUCCUUGCUGGAAAGAAAACAGCAGAAGCCAUGAAAGCACGAAACUCUUUGCCUUCGAAAUUGCCUUGAUACUAUUUCUUGUUGAUUGUACCUUUACAGUUCACUUGUGAGAUAAAUUCUCUGCCGGAAGCUUUACUCGAGUUCUCUCGUUUCAACAGUACAAUUGAUAUGCUCAAAAGUCAAAACCUAUAGCGAGCUAUGGACUUGCUAUAUGGCAAUGGCAGAAACUUCCUCUGAUA